AUGCCGGUGAAGAAGAUGAUAUUAAUAUCGGAGACGAAAAACGUAUGCCGUCCACAACCGAAGAAACACUCAGCGAAUCGGUCUCCGUCACCUGAUGAAGAUGCGGCGGAUGAUUUCGAGAAGGAAGAGCUCACGCUUCGAGAAGUCAUCAACAUCAAGUUGGCGGAGAGCGGAGAGAAGGAGACUCUGAUGGAGCUCGUGAGAGAUAGAUUGGUGGAGUGUGGUUGGAAAGAUGAGAUGCGAAUUGCUUGCAGGGAGCAUGUAAAGAAGAAGGGAAGAAAAGAUGUUACAGUCGAUGAACUGAUCCGAGUGAUCACUCCAAAAGGCAGAGCUUCAGUACCAGAUUCUGUGAAGGAAGAGCUGUUGAACAGAAUUCAAAACUUCAUUGUAUCAGCUGCUCCUUGA